UCGUUACAGGCGCAAUGCGGAGACACGGAUGUAAGGAGGAAUGGCGACGGUCGAGGGGAAGAGGAGGUUUGUGUAUGAAAACUGGAACGACCAUACAGCACCAGGAUUAUAGGUAGUGAAAAAAACACAGACCUACUCUGUCUUCCAGACUUCAGGCCAACUGCCAGUGGAGUCCGGCUGCCCAAAUGGAGUCUGGCGUGGCAGUGACCUCACCUCCUGCAUCGGUGGUUGCCCCUACACCCCCCAACCUUUGCUCAAAGCAGAGAGAGAGUAGCAAGAAGACUGCUACCAGCACCACCCCCUCCUUUCUGUCCAAUCUGGGCAAGCCCACUCUACGAGGGAUCAGGAAGUGUCCCCAGUGUGGCGUUUUCAACGGCACCCGUGGGCUCAGCUGCAAGAACAAGGCUUGUGGAAUUGUCUUCAGAGAUGGGGGGGCUGUGGGGGGAGGCAGAGGGGCCAAGAGAGGGGCGAUGGAGGUGGUGCGGGUGGUGAUUGACGGAGGAGGGGAAGAUGAAGAGAGAGAUGAAGGAAGAGGUGGUGAAUCCUCCGGUGGAGGUGCGCAGGUGUUCUCUGUCUGUCAGCGAGUGAGAGGGGUGGGAGCGGCUGCAACACAGCGGGGGUUCAUAGAGCUUGUCCCCACUGAUACGGCCAUUGCCACGAGUGAAGGGGCGACUCUGCUGACCCGGGUCAACAUGGGCCGCUGCUUCCUGCCCACCUGCCGCCAUGCCAACGGUCAAAGGUCAGGCCAGAGCCAGUCACAGCAGGCAGCUGUUCUGACCAACCCCCCCUCCAAGCCUGGCUUGUCUAACUCCGUCACUCCCUGUGUCCACGUGAAGCAGGCGAUGGAGUGCCAGGCGCAGGCCACCCCUCUCCCCCUGAAGAGCUCUAUCCUGGAGGGGCUUCAGGCCUCAGCCGAGGCCAGGGAAGAGCUCUGGAGGUUGGCUACUGAGUCCCCGGGACCCCUGGUUCAGCGGGUGAACAAAGAUACUCUGGUGGUGAAAUGUCACAGUGGACCAAGUCAUCCUCUGGGGCUGCUGCACCUAACUGUAGGCACGGGGGGGUCUGCUGCUGGGGGGAAGGGGAAGGGGAAGGUCAGAGAGGGGGCUGUGUUUCAGUGUUCCUGUCAGGGGGGUGUCAGAGGAGGUACGGCAGAGGGAAGAGUGGCCGUGGAAACCUCCCAGAAUGGGGAUGGGGAGGUGAGAGGGUCCUCAGGUGUUGUCUCCUCUGGUGUCUUACCUGACUCCACCUCUCGGCCUGAUGCUGAAGCUGGCCCUGCAGCUCCAUACCUCUGCCUCCACUUCUAUGCCUGUGUUUGCGCCUUCACCAGCGAUGAGAAACUGGCCUCAGAGUUCACAGGUUUCCUCAACUACAGCUCCAAUGGUAUACAACAGAAUGCUGACUGCACAGUCCUCUGUGGCUCCAGCCCACCUCAGCUGCCUGAACCAAUCACUGCUCACAAAACCAAGAGACUCCGUUUGGAAGAGCACCUCAUUGGGAGCAGCCAGCCUGUGGAUGAGAGCCUGGUGACCCUGGGCUUCCAGCAGUGGCUAGCCAGCGUUACAGAGAGGAUCCACCUGACCAUGCACUACCAGUUUGAUGGUAAGCCGGAGCCUCUGGUGUUCCACAUCCCCCAUGUGUUCUUCAACGCCCUGCAGUAUCGUCUGUCCCUGGGCUCCAAGAAGAGACGGCUGCCCAAUGCUACCUCAGCGUUUGUGAGGAAUGAUGAUCUGCACCAUGGCUCCUUCCCCAAGUACACCUGGCACAUCACCAACCUGAUGCAGGUGAAACGCAUCUUCGACACCUCAGAGCUGCCCCUGGAGUUGACCCAGAGUUUUGUGAAGAACAGUGAUGGUUCCUUCUCUCCGUUCCGCUGUCCCGAGCCUCUUCAUCCUGACCCCACUGAGGGCUACAGCCGGACGGACAGAUCCCAGGCCAUACGACCCCUGGAGCUACGCACCUUUCUCCAAGUCGGACUGUGUACAGCGGAUCAGAAGGAUCCCACACCCUUUGUGAUCGAGUGGAUCCCAGACAUCCUGCCUCGCUGUCGCGUCGGAGAGCUCCGCAUCCGCUUCCAGUAUGGUCACCAGCACGGAGGACAGACGGAAUACUGCGAUGGAACGCCGAGACGCACCGGAG